UAUCACUCAAUCAUAAUAUCUAACUGGUUUCCGUCUUUUUCUCCCCAAUUAACGAUUACUACGAGUAACUACAACCCUAUAAUCAAUCAUUUAUCCUUCUAUCUGUCCCACUCAUUCAAUGCUUAUAAAUACACGUAAAAAUCUCCCCUCAUCAUUUAACAGCCUCUGUCUCUCCAAUUCCCAUCUCAAUCUUUCUAUUCCGGCGGCUAAGAAUUCCGAAUGACGCGGCCGAUGUGCAUACUGGUGACCGGUGGUGCCGGUUAUAUAGGAAGUCAUACUGUUUUGCAGUUGUUGUUAAAUGGUUACAGUACGGUGGUGGUUGAUAAUUUGGAUAAUUCGUCGGAAGUUGCUAUCAGUCGGGUUCGAGAACUCGCUGGUGAUCGUGGUCGUAAUCUGUCUUUUCACAAGAUGGAUAUCCGGGAUAAGCCUGCACUAGAGCAGCUUUUUGCUUCUACAAAGUUUGACGCGGUUAUACAUUUUGCUGGAUUAAAGGCAGUUGGUGAAAGCGUGCAGAAGCCGUUGAUGUAUUACAACAAUAAUAUCGUUGGUACUAUAACUUUAUUGGAAGUUAUGGCUGCCUAUGGCUGCAAGAAGCUUGUGUUUUCAUCAUCGGCUACUGUUUAUGGCUGGCCAAAGGAGUUGCCGUGCACAGAAGAGUUUCCCUUGUCUGCAGCCAACCCGUAUGGACGAACAAAGCUAAUGAUCGAGGAGAUGUGCCGAGAUGUAUAUGCUUCAGACCCUGAGUGGAAAUUUGUAUUGUUGCGGUAUUUUAACCCUGUUGGUGCACAUCCCAGUGGCCGAAUUGGCGAAGAUCCUCAUGGAAUUCCAAACAAUCUUAUGCCUUUUAUUCAGCAUGUUGCUGUUGGUAGACAACCUGCGCUUAAAGUGUUCGGAACUGAUUACUCCACAAAAGAUGGAACUGGGGUACGUGAUUACAUCCAUGUCGUAGAUUUAGCAGACGGACAUACUGCGGCGUUGGCGAAACUUUCUGAUCCCAAAAUAGGUUGUGAAGUUUAUAACUUGGGGACUGGUAAAGGGACAUCUGUUUUGGAGAUGGUAUCAGCCUUUGAAAAGGCAUCAGGAAAGAAAAUCCCAUUAAUAAAGACUGCACGACGACCUGGUGAUGCUGAGAUUGUAUAUGCGUCAACAACAAAGGCAGAACGCGAGUUAAACUGGAAGGCAAAGUAUGGAAUAGAGGAGAUGUGCAGAGAUCAGUGGAACUGGGCUAGCAGGAAUCCUUACGGCUAUCAGACUGAAGCAAAGAAACUUGGUGCAUGAACAUAAAGUUUUAUAGGGAAGGAAAAUAAUAGUUAGAAUCCCAGCUUGCUUUUAUCUUAUAUGGUACAUAAGUUUAGUUUUUUUUUUUUUUCUUUUUAUGAUUAUGUCAUACAUUAUAUUAUGCCAUCUAGUUUUACAUAAAUAAUUCAUAAUAAUCAUAAAAUGUAAUGUCGUAUUGAUCAUGUAUAUAUAAUACGUAAUUAUUAUGUUCCAAA